GCCUUCUGUUUCCAUUUGAACAUUUUUAUAUACAUGACACUUUACAACCCCCCCUUUCCCCUCCCCUUCACCAAGCACCCCCUCCUUUCUUUAUGACAUGUAUUGUUCCUUGAUAUAUUUUUUUUUGGUCCAUUUUUAAGCGUUUCCUAUUAAGUUGGACUCUCUGUCAUUACAGUUAAUCAAUCAUGCAGAAAUUGUCUGACAGCUCACUACAAAGUAGUUGGUGUUUUAUACUCGGCGACACUAAAGUUGGAUGGUUUAUUUGUUGCUCUGAGAAAAUUUGUGAAAAGCAGGCAUCUUUUUAAUUUUUUUUUAACCCCCUCGCUCUGUCUUCUGUGACCCACCCCUGGUCCCUUCCCCUUGCCUCCAAACUCCCACUCUCCUCUGCCCUCACUCUCCCACACUGUUUCCACCAUUACCGUCCCAUGAUCUCUGAGAGAGAGAAGAGAAAGAGAGCUUGCUUUCCUGUGGAGGCGCCGCCCUUUCACUUUGUCACUUCAUUGAUGUCUCUUGAUUCCAUUGUGCUGCAUUCCCCCCCCCCCCCUGUUGAAUUUCUUAGGUUACAUCAGAUCAGAUCUGCCUAUCAAACCUGUCACAUCACCCUUCCCCUCUCCAACCUGCUCUUGCUCUGUGCCACAAAGCACUUGGUAACCCCUCCCCAACCCCUCUGCUGUUUUAAUGUUUUCUACUGCCCACCUCGUCUGCUCUCACCUCGGCGCCUUAGCUCUCUUCCCCUCUCUUUUCCUCCCUCCCCCUUUCCCAACCUCGUGGUCACAAUGAGACGGUGAGCUGGUGGUGCAGCUGUAAUGGCAAGCUGUUUUCAAAUGACUUUCUCUUUCCCCAACUUCCUGGUGGUGGGAUGGUUAUAGAAGAAGUUUCUUGCUCUUACACCACUUACCCAAAAAUCUGUGUGGCCACUUUCACGUUUUUUUUUUUUUGUUUUUUUUUUUUGGAGACGCUCUGGAACCCCCUGUCCUCGAUCCUGAGUGUAAGUGCCAGUAUCGACACCAUUGGAGAGAUUCUCCUGAAAAUCAUACCAACACUAGAGGAGUACCAACAUUACAGUGGGAUUGAUUUUGACUGUGAGCUUCGCCUGCUGAUCCAUCAGAGCUUGGCUGGUGGGAUAAUUGGAGUGAAAGGUGCCAAAAUAAAGGAGCUGAGAGAGAACACCCAGACCACCAUCAAGUUGUUCCAAGAGUGCUGUCCACACUCUACCGACAGGGUCGUCUUGGUGGGAGGAAAACCAGAACGUGUGGUUGAAUGCAUAAAAGUGAUCCUGGAGCUAGUAUCAGAGGCACCGAUUAAAGGCCGUACUCAGCCUUAUGACCCUAACUUCUACGAUGAGACGUAUGACUACGGUGGCUUCACCAUGUUGUUUGAGGAUAGGGGCCGACGACCCAUGGGUGGAUUUCCCAUCCGCGUGCGCGGCGGUUUUGAGCGCUUGCCUCCUUUACGUGGCAGCAGACCUCUGCCUCCCUCCAGAAGGGACUAUGACGACAUGAGCCCUCGCCGGGGUCCUCCACCGCCGCUUACCAGGGGCAUACGAGGGGGCAGCCGAGCGCGUAACCUGCCUCUCCCGCCACCCCCGCCGCCAAGAGGAGGAGGAGACAGGUUUUCACAUGGCAGCUAUCAUGGCAGCAUGGAUGACAGAUCAAGUGAAAGAAGAGGCAGAGACCGCUAUGACAGCAUGAGUGGAGGUGGUUACGACAACAAUUCUUCCUGGGAGCGCUUUCCAUCUGGCGGCAGAGGAUCGUACAGUGACAUCGGAGGCCCGGUCAUCACGACACAAGUCACCAUCCCAAAAGAUCUGGCGGGCUCCAUCAUCGGGAAGGGCGGCCAGAGAAUCAAGCAGAUCCGCCACGAGUCUGGGGCAUCCAUCAAGAUUGAUGAACCACUAGAGGGCUCUGAGGACCGCAUCAUCACCAUCACAGGGACACAGGACCAGAUCCAGAACGCCCAGUACUUACUGCAGAACAGUGUGAGGCAGUACUCUGGUCGGUUCUUCUAGAGGGAAGUGGAAGAGAGCGUGAAGCCAUGCUGCCAAUACUGUUUGCUCAUUCUAUUCAGAGCCAACAUUCCUCUGCUUUGGGUAGAUGUGUCCCUUCCCUUUAACUGUCUCCAACUACACCACCUUUGUGUACACCAGGUUUUAUUUGGAGGCCUGAAAAAUCCAUAAUUCAGUGCUGGUAUCUUGUUUUGUUUUUUUCUUUUUAUAUACUGGUGUGUAACCCAUCUGUGUGAUUAGGUUUGGUGUUAGAUCUUCUCUUCCGCAUUUCAGUACAGCAAGCAGAAUGUACUUUUUUUUUUUUCCUGUUCUUGUUUGAAAGAUAUUUUUAUGAUUUCCUUUGAAUUUUAAGACCACUUUCCUAACAAAGAUGACUAGUUUUUGAGUGGUUGAGAAACUAUUGGAGUAAAGUUAAAUAACUGUUUAACUUACAUUUUCCAUCAUUUGUCUCCAUAUGUAAAAAGUGGUGUUUUUUUUUUUUUUUUAGAUGGUGUUUGGGGAGAGUAUUUAUUUUGGAGCAGCGGAAAUCAAUGGUAUCCUCAAUUUCACAGAGAGCAAAACUUCGGUUUUACAUUUUAUGCUUUCAAUGGGUACCGAGGAGAAACUGGUUAGGAGUGUGUGAGGCCUUUGUUCUGUAUAAGCAUGGAUGUGUUGUUCAGAGUCAGUCUUUGGGUUGAUGAGCAAUGUGGGCUUAAAAAUUUUAAACCCCAGACAGCUCACCCGUACACCCCACCACACACACUAGGCAUGGGCCUGUAAGAUGACCUGGUGUGAAAAUGUCACAAUAAAUAUAUUUACACAAAAAAAUUUAAAAUAAACUAUGUGAUUUGAUCUGCCUUUAUUAAAACAAAAAAAAGCUUUUUUUCCCCUCAGCUUUUGCUAAAAUAGUAUGCAGGAUAUUAUCACAUUUUUAUAAACAUUGGCUAAAUAUUUUUUUAAAAUUCUUCUAUAUUUUGUAAGGGCAACAUGCCUUACAAAAUGAGCCUUUUUUUCCGCCAGCUCACCGGCAGUGUGCAACAAGUAGUAGAGAAGAGGCAGGAAGAAAUUCAGACAUUCAACCAGAGGAACAGUGAAAUUACCUAUGUAGGUCUACCACAAAAACUGACCAAACAAAUAAACAAAUGUAAAGAAGACUAUUUGAUUGGUCUGUUGCUGGGAGAGUUUACACUGUUGAUGCCUUAAUUUUUUUUUUUAUUUAUUUAUUUUUUUUUUUUUUUUUUUUAAGCAGAGCAGCCUGGUCUGAUGCUUUUUGGUAAUGACACCUUUUUCCAAACAUGUCUUCUGUCUGAAGGUGUAAUAAAUGUGAAAGACUGUUAAGGCAAAAGCAAAAUUGUAAGAAAAUCUACUUUUAUUUGAAAGAUGAUUGUACGGUUUGUAUAUAUCUAUAUAUAUCUAUAUAUAUUUGCUUAAAACCUGUAAUUUUUAAGGACUUUUGGUUCGGCCCAAACUGUGUGAUGUUUUCUUGCAAGAAAAACGUGCCAAAAACAGACUUACAGAUUUUCUUCUUUGUCACUUGGCCCUUUUGUGCCAAAAAAUAAACAUUCUCUAAAAUCACAUUAAAGCUAUUGAAAACACAGCAUUUUAAAAAUAUAAGAUGAUAUAAUAAAAAUGUCAGAACAAAACUGCAGAAAAGAAUUAUAAAUACAAAGUGUGCCUGUGUGGCCAUUUUGUUCCUGCACUUUUGGUCGUAUUGUUUCAUGACUUUCUGCAAUAUACAAAAAGCUACAAACAAAACUAAAUGUUGCUUAUGUUCGUGUGUAUGAAAUAAGUUAAAAGGGUUGUGAAGGUGCACAAUUGGUGAAGAGACAAGUAAAUCUAGUUAUUUGUAAAUAUAUUUCUAACGAAAUCUUUCCUACAUGUUUUCUGAUUACGGAAUUAUAUUGUGAAUCUUUUACUCUUAAAAACAACAACACACAAUCAACUUUUUCAUCAAUAUUGGGUUUUCUGUCACUAGAAAGGAUGGAUUUGCUGUUGUGUAGCCUCAGUCUCAGAUUUGUUUUCUCGUGUACUUUUGAUUUUCAUUUUUGAGCUUUUUUUUCCUCUUUUCUUUUUGAAAGCAUCCCCGAAGAUGCAGUUCUGUGUGAGGCGGAUGCAGUUUUGCAAGUCCACAAGUGAUAAAUUCUGUAUUUGCUCUCAGAUAUUUGUAGUAACUCCAAGUGUUUAGUAAAUAAAGUCUGUGUCACA